GACGAUGCUUGACCAAAUUCCUCGCGCUGGAGGGCAUCGACCCCAAGACCACCAUCACCAGGGGCCAGCUGAAGGCUUGGUUCGACCUCUGGAGUAAAUACCCUGACAUCAGAGCGCAGGCUAAGAGAGCUGGGCCCAAAGUGUACUUCAGGCUGGCGAACACCAAGGAGGAACAGAGAUGGAAGCAGCGCAGAGGAGUCAUGGGCAGCAUCAUCCUGAUGCUUUGGGCCGCGGGCUGGGACGCACGAGGACCAGACAGAUGGAUCGACCUGAACGGAAACAUGUGGAAGUUCCCAGAGGGCGAGGAGGACGGAGACCCUGAGGACAUCAUCAAGUCGCUCCUGAGGGACAUCACCCAGCUGCAAUCGGCAGAAGCAGCCCAACACCACAACGGAGGAGGAGCAGAAGGAGGCAUAGACAACACGGACACGAUCAAGCACCUGGAGGCGCUGAAGAAGAAAGGGAACUACUUGGAGUACGGCGCGCUGGUCACAGCUGCCUGCGCAGGUACAUGGACAAAAGACAGGCGUGCGAGGCGUUUCGGGUGCGGGGACAAUCGGUGCGAGUGCGGCGAGAUCGACACAGACCUGCACCGCAUCUGGGGCAACUGCUCGGUAACGGAACCGCACGUGACCUACGAGAAGACGGAAGGACUCGCCAGGAGAGCUCAGGAAGAGGCGGCGACCAACCCGAUCUUCUGGCUCAGAGGCGGAGAGCUUGUCGCCAGCGGAGACGGCUCACGAAGCGAACGCAGCAACUACGAUAGAUACAGGCGAUGCGGAUGGAGUUGGAUCAUACUGGACAGCACCACCAGGCGCGAGAACUUCGACGUGAAGGCGGACCAGUACGCGGCCCUCCCAGGAAGCAAGCAGACGAACAACAGAGCGGAGUUGUUCGCGCUCAUCCGCUGCCUCGAGGCGACGGAAGGGCUCAUCACGUUCUGGACCGACAGCGAGAUCACCUUCAUCGGCUG